UGUUUCAUAUAAUAUCACUGUUAGCAUGUUUGUAAAACAUGAUUGAGGUUCUUGUAAUCUACAAUGCAAAACUUGAUGUGUUUUCAAAGGCAUGCACUCCUGUUGCAAUUGCUGAAACGGCACAGUCUGGGGGCAGUAGUGAAUCAAUCCCUGAAGAAGUGGACCAAGCUUUUUCUGGACUCCCUCAGUCAACCCCUCUGAAGUCCAGAUUUGACCAUGAACACUUGAAGAUGGUUCUCACCAGCCCAGCAGAAACGGUUCCAAGAACAAAGCCAUCAACAUCUGGUACAUACUUGGCCCUACCUCCUACCUGGACUCACAGGUCAUAGUCUGGGAAACCGAGCUCAGCAGUUGCAUCCGAGACACUGGAUACAAGCAUGAGUUCCAUAGAAGCACCUUGUGAAAGAGAUGACAGCACAUUUCUUCCACUGAGUAGUGAAUGUUCAUCCACAAGAACAUCUUCCUCAGAUGUGAGCAAUGCGGGAGCAGAAAGGAGAGGUGACUGGUCUGAGAGGAAGUGGAUUGUCAAUGAGUCAGCCCUUAUGGAACUUUUUGCAACUUGUCACACAUGUGGUGUAUCCAUUACUGACAAGAAAAUCACCGGCAGUGGAUCCAAGAUCAAAAUAGAAUGGACAUGUCUCAAUCACCAUACAGGAGUGUGGCAGUCCUGUCCUGACGUCCGUGGAAUUCCUGAGAAUAACCUAGUAUCCUCAGCAGCCAUUAUUUUCACUGAAACAACACAAAAUGAAAUUGCAGAGUGGGCCGAUCUUCUGAAUUUACAGCUGCCAAAGAAGACAUCUUACUAUUCACUUCAAUCAACCUAUAUGAUACCUGUUAUUCACAAAGCCUACACUGACAUGCAAGAAAAAAUUUUGUCAGAACUCCAGGAAACAGCAGUUGCUGGUGGACACGCAGAUGUCGGUGGUGAUGCGAGAUCCGAUUCCCCCGGUCACAGUGCCAAAUACACCUGUUACAGCUUUAUGGAUGAUGCAACAAAGAAGAUAAUCAUGUCAGAUCUAAUUCAGGUAUCGGAGACUACCAGUUCACCAGCAAUGGAGUCUGUUGGUUUCCGGAGGGGCCUGGAUCGUCUGCUGGACUCUGGAGUUAGUAUUGAUGAUGUUACUACUGACCGGGCUCCAUCAAUACGGAAGAUCAUGAGGGAGUCCUAUCCUGAGCUCAGACAUCAAUUUGACCCAUGGCAUGUUGCAAAAGGUGUGAAGAAGAAGGCCACUGCAGCUGCAAGGAAGAAAGAAAACCGGGACCUGCAGCCAUGGAUCAAGUCUCUGAGCAAUCACUUCUGGUGGUCGUGCAGCUCUUGUGGUGGCGAAGAGAAGGAGUUGAGACAGCGGUGGACCUCUGUCCUGUAUCAUGUGUGUGGUAUCCACCGCUGGGAAGAAGAUGGGCAAGAGUACAGAUGUUUCCAUGACGACCUCAGCGAUGAGCAACAAAAAAGGAAGAAAUGGCUGAAGGAGGGGAGUGCUGCCUGGAAUGCGCUCAAGGGUGUUGUACUCGAAAAACCUCUUGAGAGACCCAAGUCAAAUGACUUUGUUCAAGCAUACAGGUAAGUUUGGAUAAACUUCUGAGCCGUAAGUUGAUCACAUUUAUCCCUAAACAAAUAUGAACACCUCUUAGAGAAGCAUGAAUAAUGCAAUGCUGUCCUUUGGGAAAACAAAAGCAAUUUCGCAAAUGUACAAGAAAAACUUUACUUUGCCCAACAAAACAUAAAAAAAAUAGUGAUCAUAGCAAUAGCAAUAAUUUCAGACUGUUUGUAUACGUAUAAAGUUGAAAAUGUAUGUAGUAUGCUCUGGCCCCAUCCCAAUGCGGCGUGGCGAUGUAGCUUACAGCAGGUUAUGGUCGCUGAACUGCUGGCUGUCCAGGUGGUGCUCUGAAAACAGU